CGGCGGCCCGGUGCCCGCCCCCGCCCGCAGCGCUACGUGUUGCGCUGAGUGACGUCCCGCGCGGUGGCCUUUUAUAAACGUGAGCAGUCUCCUCAGGACAGAGUGGGGGCUGCCCGGGAACUUCUACGCAGGUGCACUAUAUUAAACUUCUCUAAGGAGAAAUAAAAAGACACAAACAAUUCCAUGAACCCUGUAACAGUCCGGCAGCAGCAGUCAUCCGAUCAACAAAAAUUAGUAUGCUGCUAUAUGUGCGUAUAUCCAUGUGGAAGAAGCCUGUCAUCCUUUGGAAUUUUUGUCUCCUAGUUCUUCACUUCUGCCUAACUUCUCACAGAGAAGGAAGCUCCUGCUUACAGUAUUCCAAGCAUCAGCCUGCUGAAUUUGCACUGUCCUUUCUUCACCUGUGUUACAGGGCACUAUGCUGACUAGGACGGUUCCAGACCUUAAAUUCCUCUGAUAGAGCAUUUGAGGUCAACUGCCAAGCUAUCAGUGGAGAUGGAGUAAAGCACCUUUAUUUAAGCCUUCGCCAAGUGGUGUUCAGCUGUGACUCAGAAAGGGUUAACUUGAAACAGUCUCAGCAGUGCAUGGUCCUGUUAGUCCACAUUGCAGUUCCACGUCCUUCACAGUGUCCACCAUGCCAAUCUUACCUGAAGACAAGGGACAACACAACAAUUCUCCUCCAGCCAAAGAUACUACAGUUGAAGGGACAACACGCAGUACACCUUCUAUUGUUCUUCCAGAGAAUGCUGUUACGCCAGAUGUAGAAAUUGAUAAAAAUCUGGUUAACAGGCCUAGAAGUCCUCAUAGGAGACAUUCUAACCGUGCCACUAGGAAUCCAACAAGUUCAUUGACUUCUGUUGACAACAGAGGUCAUGUGAUCGAUCUGGUAAAUGAUAAGCUACCAGAUGUCAAAAUAUCAGAGGAAGACAAAAAGAAGAACCUUGAAUUACUAGAAGAAGCAAAGAAAGUGAGCGAGAGAUUUCUAAUGCGCAGAGGCAGAAAGUCAAGAAGCAGCCUUCCAGAGUCACCCACAGCAGUUUCCCCUACACUUAGUCCUAAAGUUUCACCAGUAGCAUCUCGGAGCAACUCUCUUACUCUUCCAGUUCCAUCAGGGUCUGAUGUGGGCACAACCACUAGUGUCGAGUCAGUAUCUCCAGGGCAGAAUAACAGAACUGUGAAAGAAGAUGACAGGCAAACUGCAGAGAAUGCUGCAAAAGGAUUAAUUGAUCGGAGGCAGAAUGAUCAAAGAAAGAUUUCUCAGGGAAGGUUGGUUCCUCGUUCUGCUGGGUUUGACAACUCCAAAGAUAAGCUUUCAGAACAAAAAGAAAACUUUGAUCCAUGUAAACAUAUGGAUACUUUACCUAAAUGCUCCCCUUCAGGUGGUGAUGGUGGCAGAAUGUCUCUUAACACUUGCAUGAAUGUUCGUGAAAAUGAACUUGGAAAAUCAUUUCUCAAGAAAGCAAAAGAAAAUGAUGUUCCUUUAAGAACCCAUCUACCAGGACCAGGAAUAGGAAAUAUAGACUCAAAGCUAAAAAUUCCUGUUCCAGAAAUGAGGGACCAUAAAGUUUCAUGUAAACCAGAAUUUAAACUGUGUGGACUGCGUCCUCCUCUACUACGGGCUGUAUCAUGGGAUAGUUUGGAGCCUGGACAGAAAGAUAAAACGCCUUUAAAAUUACCAUCUGAGGAAGAGAAAAGCUUUGUUAUUGGUAAUAAAUCCAGCAAUCAGUUGAAAGCAUUCAAAGACCUUCAAAUCCAAGUUCAACCAGUUCGAAUGCAGAAACUGACAAAGCUCAGAGAGGAGCAUAUUUUGAUGAGAAAUCAAAAUUUAGUUGGACUUAAACUUCCUGAACUUAGUGAAGCAGCUGAACAGGAAAAAGGCCCUUCGCCUCUCCCUUCCCCCACUGAAGAGGAAGAAACAAAAACCAGCUCUGAUGUCAUGCCCAGCAUUCCGGAUGUAUUGCUGCGAAAAUUACGAGUGCACAAAUCACUUCCAGGAAGCUCCCCUCCACUUACUGAAAAAGAAGUUGAGAAUGUAUUUGUACAACUUUCCUUGGCCUUUAGAAAUGAUAGUUACACCUUGGAAUCUAGAAUUAACCAAGCAGAGAGAGAGAGAAAUCUUACUGAGGAGAAUGCUGAGAAGGAACUGGAAAACUUUAAAGCAGCCAUUACGUCUUCAGCUCACUUAUGGCAUCACUAUGAACACAGAGAAGCGUACCAGAAGCUAUUGGAAGAUAUUGCAGUUCUGCGCCGUUUAGCUGCUAGACUAUCCAGUCGGGCUGAGAUGGUUGGAGCCAUUCGGCAGGAGAAGCGUAUGUCAAAGGCAACAGAAGUAAUGAUGCAGUAUGUGGAAAAUCUGAAAAGAACAUAUGAAAAGGAUCAUGCUGAACUAAUGGAGUUCAAGAAACUUGCCAAUCAGAAUUCUAGCAGAAGCUAUGGUGCAUCUGAAGAUGGAGUACCUCGUUCAUCUAGAUCCAUGUCUCUUACUGUUGGAAAGAACAUGCCUCGGAGGAGAGUCAGUGUUGCUGUUGUUCCUAAAUUUAACUCCUUAAGCAUUCCUGGUCAGUCACCAACAGCAUCACCUAUACCUUCAGUGCCGUCCCUGUCUGAAUCACCUAGUAAUGGAAGGAGCAACCUAACAUCUACUCCUGUUCUGCCAGCACUUUUAGAAAAUGGAAAGACUAAUGGAGAGCCUGACUGUGACACCUCUACUUCUGUUCUGACACAGAGUGUGUUGGAAGAGAUCAAUCCUGAAACAAAAGCCAAGAUAGAAGAGGAAGCAUAUAACAAAGGCUAUCAGGAAGGCUUGAAGAAAACCAAAGAACUUCAGGAACUGAAGGAAGAAGAUGAAGAGACACCCAAAGAAAGUCAUGAUGAACAUGAAGAAAGUGAAAAUGAAGAUGAGAUAAAAAACCUGAAAAGCAGCAGACUUGAAGUCAUCAUUAAUUAUUUACAUAUACUGUACCCCAAGCUGUGUAAACACUGGAACGUGGUAUGGCUUGUAGUGGCUGCGAUAAUAAUUUUUGCUGUGGUGUUGGGAAUCUACCAUUCAUACAACUCCUGUGAUGAAAAAUCAGAGGGACCUGAAGGGAAGGCCAGCUGUUCUACUGCCCAUCAGUAUUCCUGGUGGAACUCAGGAUUUCAACAUGAGCAACGCACUGAACAAUAAAGGAACAGCCAUGUAUUUAUGGUACCUGAGCAAGUAUGCAUAUUAGACCACUGUUGUUCAAGGCAGUGCUUAGUCAUCCUUACGGCUGUUAAGUGUGAUCUGUUAGACAAAUUAGUUACUCCACACCAUCAGGUUUGGGGAUACAUUGUGAACAUACCUUGCCAAAAUGCCAAAAUCUGAUGAAUAAUGCUAAAUGUCCUCUCAUUGUAAAUGACUGAUACAAAGUAAUACUGAAUCAUUAUGAGGUUGUGGCAGUAAUCAGCAACCAGCAAGACUUUGAAAAGAAUGAUUUGCACGGGACAUUGACAUCUCUGCUAUGCUUUUGACAGAAAUUAUUAAAACUGCAUUUGCAGUUACUGCUUUACUUAGCAUUUCCUGAAUUUAUUGGUGGUUGUUGGAAGUACUAAUGGCAUUUAAGUCAUUUCGGUUUUAAGUCUAAUUAAUUUCCUUAUUCAUGAUUAUUGGGUGGAAAUAGAAGUUCUUCUAUAGAAGGUUAUAAUUACAUUAUCAGACCAAAUGACUUGCUGAUAAAGUAAUUUUAUAAGAGGAAUUAUCCAUAUCAUUAUUUAAAUGGAAUACUAAGUACAUGCAUAAAUGUGUUUUAUGAUAUACUUUAAGAAGGGGACCACCACUUGUUUUUUUUAAAUGGGAUACACAACAAAACCUAAAAUGAGGUCUAAGUGGCACAGCUGAUAUUGUCAAAUAUAUCUGGAAACUUUGGAUAUAUCAAAGGGGCAUACUUUGCAACAAAUUUGUGUAUGCCACUCCACUCAGAGCUAAUACUGGUUACAGCAAAACGUAGUUGCUGUCUGGAAAAUUAGAUGUGUUGCCUAAGCCCAAAAUACAGCAGUCUUGGAUGUGGAAAGCAAUCUUCAAUUUUUUAUUUUUUAUUUUUUUUAAUUUAAAUAAAGAAGUCCUCAAACCUCUGUAUACAGUUGAUCACACUAAGCGGACUCUGCUCUACUACUGCUAGUACUGGAAAUAGAUAUACUUUGAGAUCUGCAGGAGGAACACAGUUUUGCAUACAGCCAAAACCCAGCCAAUGCGUAGAUGAAUCGGGAUGAAAGCAGGCUUUAAAGAGGUCACUGCAUGUUUUUAGUAGUUCAUUUUCAGAAUCUGAUGUCAAGUAUAUAACUACUCUGAUAUACUUCUAAAGCUAAACUAUCAGGUCAUGGUAGAUUAAUCUUUUGCCCAGAAUUUUCAACAGUUCUGCCUGUUUGGGAGUUGUGAGUUCUUAGACAUGUGAAUUCUUAGAAUGUGAAAGCCUGAAAUUUUUAGGCAAGCAAUUUCAAAAUGGUUAAGCCAUUACCUGUAAAAAACAGCACCACCUAGGGCUAAGACCAAAAUGCUUGUCACUUAAGGUAUACCACAGGUACCUGCUGAACAUUACUUCUGAUUGAAGAUGAACUAUGUUUGUCUUUCCAUAGCUAUAUCCUUGAAUCUAACCACAAUAUCAAAAUCUGUGUGACACUUGAUUGCACUUGUGUCUUGCAUUCUUCUGGCAUUUUCUGACUGAUUAACAGGUCUGUUUACCAUCUGAAGGAUGAGUGUGUUAUGAAGUACUGUAAUUUCAGUUCAGAUGCAGUUAGUAUUGUCUUGUUUUCUUUUGGUGUAAACACUGAACCUCAAACUAUCUAUCAAAGCAAACAGAUUUACUAACUCAGUCAGAAAUUUAAUUCACAUACCUGGCACUAGUAACAAAUAUCCUGAUGGUGAAUUUUGUUUGUUACAUCUUUAGCCACAUGUUUCUUAAGAGACAAUUAUAUGGAGGGGGGGAGGAAAAAAGCACUACCACUUUUUUUGGGUGGAAUAGGGGUGGGGAAGUCUAUAAGAAAUUGGGAGAUUUGUUUUUUUUAUUUUAAAGUAUGUAUUGUUGAGGAAUAGUGUGCUUAAGGAUGUUUAAAAAGGAUAAUGGGGAAGUGUCAUUCGGUCUAAAAUUGUAAUUGGUAAAGAAUAAGACAGAUGAAGGUUUCUUGCAAAUUACUUGGUAUCUGUUUGGCUCAGUUAGAAUUUCUGACUAUGAAGAACUCCUGUGACAUUUCACAUGCUUUCAGUAUUUGAAGAAACUUGUCAGUUGCUCUUUGAAUACUCCUUUAUUAAAAUCAGCUACUUUAACUUAAUAUUCUUUACAAAUAGCGUUGGUAACUUAAAAAGGCAAUAAAAAUUGAAGGUAAAUCAAUCUGCAAAUUCAGAAUGCUCUAUGCCAAAAAAUAUGGCACAUAUUUGAUUAUAUGAUUGUGGAAAUGUUGGGCUGCACUGAGGAAAAACAAUUAACAGUGCCUAUAAUCAAACUAAUUCACUCCUUACAUCUGCUCUGAUGUGGGUCCAACACCUUAUUUUAAGUACAUGUAGGAGGUUGUUGAUAUCAGUAGGACUCUUGAAAUCCUUAACGUUAAGCAUGUGCUAAGUUGGGGGUUUUUUUUGUCAGUGGAUGAAUGAGGCCUCCAUCCUCUCUCAGAAUUCAGCACACUGGCUUUUUGUGGACUUAGUGCACAAGGGCAAAUUUCUGUAAGUAGUUGUACUGAUUUGAACUGAACCACUUGCAUGUCUAAGGCAAGUAUAAUUUAACCUCAAAUAUAUUAAUUGUUGUGAGGAAUGGACUGAAAGAGGCAAGAGAUUUUAAUGGAGAUGAAAAAAUUAAGAUAAAGUUUAUUUUUUAAAAAACUGUUGUUCUUUUUAUAACUACUUUGAGCAAACUAUCCACUAAAAAUAAUGAACCACAAUGACUAACAGCACAUUAAAUAUUUUUGCUUAUAUUUUUCAGUUAGUCAAUGAAGACACCGUUUUUUAAUAGGAAACUAGAUUGAGCUCAAAAACUAUUCUAAAUGUAACUUUAUCUGUUGGAUAUUAGUUUGCUUUAUCUGGAAAAAAAACACAGCAACUUCUGUGUUCAAAGAUCACAUCAGCUAACAGGAAGUAGAACUAUUAUUUAUGCAAUUAACACUGAAAUAGUUUUCUUGAGGUGCAAUAUUUUUUUUCUGCUUUAACAAGACACGUUUAUUGUUUUUCCUGCACAGCACAGAUGUUUCUAGUAAAAGGAAUUUUAAAAGGUCACUAUUUUUGUGUAUCAUAUUUAAUUUUGUAAUAUUGUAAGAUUUUGCACAAGUGUGCUGGUAUUGUACUGUAUAGUAUCACAUACUUGAGUUUUGAAAUAAAAGUAUGGUUUCAAAGU